GGGAAUCCGAGAGGAAGAGACAGAGAGCAUGCUCAGUUCUGAGAGACUGGCUACUGGAGCACACAUGUGCCUUCCCUGUGAAGGAUACACAUUCUCAGCCAGAAGCUCAUGUGAAGAUAUGAGAAAGGAGAUAGCCUAUUGGUGAUUUGACAAAACUGGCGUGAAAAUACACUUUUGGAACUUGAACAGUUUCUUACAAAGGAUGCAUUAAGGAAACUCAGCUUUUGGGGUGAACUUUGACACCAUGUCUCGACUUUACAGCUGCUUUGGGGACAGAAAUUAAGACAUGAAACGUCGGACGUCAUCACAGAACUCUGGCGUUGGAGGCAGUCCAAGCAAUUGUGACAUCAUGGCCUCGGGAUCUCCAGACGUCACAGAUGCUACUGAACCAUCAGAUGCAGGAGAAGAGUGUUCAGGGAAAAAGAAGUCCAAAUUCCAGACGUUCAAGAAUUUUUUUGUGAAGAAAAAGAGGAAGGAAAGUCCUGCUCCAUCGGGCGAGAGUGGCUUGAAGGCCAGUCAGUCGAGUGAUGAUGUCAACACCUCCGAGCCAACUAUCAGCCACGCUAACAGUGACAAUGACCGGGGAUCCAAGAUCAACUUGGGAAACAAAGCCAUGUCACAUGAUAGUGUCUUCGUUUCUGAUUCGCCCUUAUCAGAGACUAAUGAGGGUCUGGGGGCGUCCCAGGACAGCAUUCAUGGGAAAGUGAAAUCUUUACAGCUGCAGCUGAAGCAUGCGAUUUGUCUGGGCUCGCCUCCAUCACUCCUCUGCGGGAGGAAAGGAGAGGACGCUGGGGCUUUUUCUGAUGACGAUGGUCUUCCCUGCAGCCCACCGGAGUAUUCCAGCCUCCACACUGUGCUGACCACACCUCUUCACACGUCGGUGGAUUUGACCCAGAGUUCCUUGAGCAUGGAGGCAUCAGACAGUGAAGAUGAUCAGAUGUCUUAUGAAGCUUCUUCGAGACCCGCCACCCCUCAGGGGUCCGUCCCCGUGGACUUCAGCCUUCCCGCCAGCUCUGUGUCCUGCUUAGACAGCUCAGCUGCCCGUCACCGCAUCGCCGUCAAUGCCAACGCUCGUGCCAAGAGGAAACCUGCCAGCAGGGAAAUGCUGGACAGGAGAAGAGACCUGAGAGAGAGAGUGCUGCUCAGAGACACAGAAGACAAACUACGGAUGGUUACGACUUCGGGAAAGGAAGAACGUGAAGUUGGUCUAGAUUUGGUUAAUGAUUCAGACCCUGAGUCCUGUGCUUCCGGACUCGAGGAAGAUGAAGAGGAAGAGGAAGUGACUGACUCCAGCCUGUGUCACAAAACCUCUCCAACAUCCUCCAUCUCAGCAGAGAGCGUCUCUGAAGGAGAGGAACAUGUCCCUGCCGAGGAUCACGUCCCCAAGUCUGAGCUCCCAGAGUCCUCUUGGGAGAGUCCAGUAACACUUGAUCUGCAGGCUGAUGACUUCCUGUUGGACACAGGAUGUGAGGUCGUUCCUGAGGAGCAGGGGUCAUUGCUGGAGGAAGUGUUGAGCUCCCUGAAGAGUCCUCUUGUGUCAGGACUAGCACUGGAGCAUGAGAACAUGGUUCUUCAGAGUGAGGUGAAAGACAUAAACAGUGGGAGUGUGGUUUCUCAGCUUGAAGAAGAUGAUCUUCUCGAUCCCUCAAACCCUAUAGUGACCCCAGAGGAACCGGCUCAUCUGCCUGACUCGCCCCCAGAGUCUCCUGUGGAUUCAGAAGAGAUCUCAGAGGAGACCACAGAAGAAGAGGAGCUGCUAGAAGACUCCGAGUCUGCUGAUGAAAGCCUCCGAGUGCCUGAAGCUGAUGCUGACAAACAAGUGGACACGGCCAAAGAGGACCAAGAGUUCUUUCAAUCGCCAAAAGCUUUCGCGGUAACUGUGAAAGAAAGAGACGAAGAUGAGGUACAUGAAGAUGUUGUUGAAGAAGAAGCUGAACUGGAGAGAGAAACCAAAGACGGUGGAGACGGUGUUGAGAAAGAGGAGGCGGUAGAACCUGAGAAACCCGAGAGCUCUGCGAAUGAUGAACCUCAAGGAGCUGGAGGUCAGAGACAAGAUGAGACUUCAGUUGACCACAGGGAAUUGGUGGAAGUCAGUGUUGAGAACGUUUCUGAAUCUGAUCAGACAGUCAGAGAUGAUAUCUGGAGCUCAACAGAGACCACAGAAGACUCUGAGGUCCUUCUUUCUACGGCACUCGAGAGUCCAAUUCUCCACUCUCAGUUCUCCAAUGCUUCGAUGUGUCCUCUAGAGCAGGAGGAGGAAGCUGAGUCCGGUGAGCCAGACGUGUCUACAGAGCCUCAGGAAGAGUCUUCAGAAAAACGUGAGGUUGUUUCCGAGCAUCAAGAUCAGCCGGUUCUUGAGUCGCCUACAGGAGAACCAAGGAGCAGCGCUGAGGGUCGACCUCGCUUCACCAUCGCCCCUGCGUGGCAAAGGUCACAGUUUUCUGGAGGAACCCAAGAGCAGACCGUCUCGCUGCCAGAGACUAAUGCUUCAUCUCCUCAGACAUAUGAACUCUUUACUCCCGUAAAAGAGGAACGACCCGUGCCAGACGGAAGUCGAAGUUCCCCAUCGCUUCCCAUGCAGAGAGAGACGAUCCAUGUUCACCACGAAGAGACGAGCCCAGAGAACCCGUUUGGCGUGCGCUUGAGAAAGACUCCCGUUCUGCACCGUUACGGUCUAGAUGGAGAAUCAUCUCGGACACACACCGAGGCUUCAGGGGCGCAGGAGACACCCGAUCAGGACCAGAACGCCAGGAAGCCCGUCUUGCCAAACAAGCCUGAUCUGAUAGUUGACGCUGUGAUGUCGGCCAGGAAAAUCCCAGAUGCGGUGGGCAGAAUAUCUGCCGGUAGCUCUGAGUCUCCGAGCUGGAUCUCUGUGGCCAGACAGAAGCAGAAGAACUUCAUGGAGACCUCAGCUGAGAAACUUCCCUCACAGGGGGAAGACAAAAGACCGGAUUCACCGAGCAGUUUAUCAAAUCCAGUCACCAAAGAGCAACUAGCACAGCCGUGUUCACCUUUACAAGUGUGCUGCUCCCUGGAGCUCUCCAACACGUCCAUGCUAGAGAAGGAGAGCAAGAGAAGCGCUGACCCGUCCGCUGCGCCUCUGGCCCAGGACGAGCCCCCCUGGCUGGCUCUCGCCAAGAAGAAGGCCAAAGCCUGGAGUGAAAUGCCACAGAUUGUCCAGUGAAAGCUCAGCUGGCGUAUGGACUUCAGAAGCAUUCACAGGAUGACACUUCACUGACUUUCUCAUCUAUAUGUGCACACACACGUGAGCAGUAAUAGGAAACAUAUACAGCCUAAUUUUGCUUAAUCAGACCGGUGUCGUUUAUUUUUUGACGUCAAAAAGAA